AUGAGCGAUAAUCCCGGCAUUCAAAAAAGCCAAAAAAAAAUUGAGGAGAAGUCAAAAAAAAAUGACCUUAACGAAAACCCAAAAAACAGGCGGGUAGCAAUGAAGUCCCAAAAGAUGCCUUCCCGUCAAAUAUCGACAGAAAAGGAUAACCCUAACUCGCCGGAUGUGAUACAAGAUUACGGCAUGUAUCCUGAUAUUCCUGACAAUUUAUUGGUAGACGUUGAUACAACACCAUCUGUAUCGUUACUAAGGUCAUCGGCUCCCACUUCAAACUUGUCAAUUCAGGAAAUCCCCACACUUCGUAAUGAAAACGUUGCCAGUUCCCCUACGCCGCCGACACUUUCCGCUAGACAUGAACCUUCACAACCUGAGGACCAGCAGCCAUCUCAAUAA